UCUCUCUCCCUCCUCUCUCUCCUCUGUCUCUCUCUGUACGCAGAAGACGCGGUUGUUUAGGGUUCUAGCUUCUGUAGUGAAGUACGAAGGGACAGAGAAAGUUGGAUGAGUGAUCGGAUGACGUAGAAUCCUGUUGCUUUGUGGAGAAUUAUGUCAAAAUUGAAGUUCUUUUGUUCUUGCCAACUUAUGAAUUUACGCUCUUUUAUACAUAUACACGUACCAGCGUAUAUGGGCAUGUAUCGUGUAUGGGCGGCAGUCGGUUAUUUCAAGGUUGAAUUUCGUGUUUUGAAGUCGGGUCUUUGAGUGUUCGGCACUGUUUAUUCCCUUUUCACUUGAAGGGUGUGCUCAAACAGUGAAGUUUUGGGUAAAUAUGGCAUCUUCUCACUCGGAUGCUGCUCGAAUGGAACAGAUUAUCACUGAAUUCUUUGCCAAGAGUCUCCACAUAAUACUCGAGACAAGGUCCCCUUACAUGUCCUCACGUAAUUUUAGUGGUGAGCAGACUGUAUCAUCGCCGUCUUCUUCCUCUUCAUCCUCAUCGAGUGUGAGGCCGAGAGACAAAUGGUUUAACUUGGCUCUCAGGGAAUGCCCUGAAGCGUUAGAGAACCUUGAUCUCUGGCGCCAAAGCAACCUUGAGCCUAUGGUUGUUGAUGUUAUCUUGGUAAAGAGAUCUCUUGACUGGGAUCCGAUCAACUUUUCCCCUAAACCUGAGCUUCCUAAGAAUUUGUCAUCGAAAGAAGCAUACUUGAAUUGCUGGAAUUCUGAUCAAGAGGAGUUAGGAACUGAGGGACAGUGUGAAAAGAUUAUUGAGAGGUGGGUUGUGCAGUAUGAAGUCAGGAAGACGAAGGGUGGUGGAAAAGGGGGAAAAAGGUCGAGCAGUAAUCUUCUGUCCUUAUUGUAUAAGAAGUCAAUGCUGCUCUUGAGAUCUUUAUAUGUGACCGUUAGGCUUUUACCUGCAUAUAAAAUUUUUCGUGACCUCAAUUUGACUGGCCAAAUUCGCUCUUAUUCUCUUGCUCAUCGAGUCUCUUCUUUUGCUGAGCCCUUUACUCGCAGAGAAGAGGCAGAAAUGCAGCGAUUCAGUUUUGGCCCCGUCGAUACAUCUUGUGGUAGGCUUUGCCUUUCAGUGAUGUAUCGCUCAUCACUCUCUGAUGUGAGUUCUGAGGGAUUUACGCCAAUGUCUCCCCAGUUUAUCCCUGAUUAUGUUGGAAGCCCAUUGGCAGACCCGCUUAAGAGGUUCCCCUCAGUUCCAAUGUCUCAUGGCUCACCAUCUUUGCCAUUUUCAAGACGGCAUAGCUGGAGUUUCGAUCAAUAUAGAGCCUCUCCACCUAUUUCCAUUUCACCCUCGCCGACAUAUUCUGAACCUUAUGCUCCCACUUCAAACCCUUGUCGUUUUCCACCUCCGAGCUUGCCACCUCACCCACCCGAGACAUCCAACCGUCGGAAGGAUAAUGCUAGCUUUGAUGAAUAUUGUCCUUCCCCUACCUUCUCUCCUUCUCCAUCUCCCUCUCCUCCUAUUUAUAUACCUGGGAGUCACAUAUCGAAAGUCCUCUUACGAUCUGAAAGUGCUCCAGUUAACAUACCUACCAAAAAACUCCAAACUUCUUCACUAAAGAAUCCAAAUUUGCCCCCCUCUCCUCCCCUUAAAGGUACAAGAGGAGGCACCCCUAGGGCCGAUAAAACCAUGGUUCCAACCCAGCUUAAUGCGACAGUUGAGAAGAUGCUUGUUGGGAAAGAUGAUAGUAAAAGAUACACUGGUGUGAAAAUAUCAAUUUCCAGAAGCUCCAGCAGAUCUUUUCAUGAGGAUUUUGACGAGUCAGAGUUGACUUGCCCAUUUGAUGUGGAUGAUGAUGACAUAAUAGAUCAUGGUACCAGGCCUGAAUCAUUUGAUCAGAAGGGAUGUCUCAGGGAACCACUGGAGCCAGGGGGGUUGAUGCCCAUGCGGAAAUCUCAGGGUGCUGCUGUCGGUGCUCUUGUAGACCUGCUGAAGAAAGCACCGCCUCUUUCUCAAGAAUACUCUCAUUCCACAAUCCCCUCACAGAUCCACAGUGACGAAGCUUAUAAAACAGGCACUGAUGAUCCCGAUUUGAUCUCCAAGUCACAGACAGUUCAAGUUUGCACCUCGAGUGUUACCUCUUCUGGGAUUCUUGUGUCCAAGACAACAGCUGAUGCCCUGGAAGAACUCGGGACUUAUCGAGAGAUGAAGAACUUGUUGCUUAGCCAAGGUGGGAGACCUCAGAUGCUGACCGGUUAUGCCUCUGCAGUGGAGAGCAUGGGAAAAGGCACAAAGUGAGAACUUUGUGUUUAAAAAUCCCAUGCGCACACAUACAACAUUUACUAUAGUUUUUUAAUAUGGCUUUGCUCUACUACCAGAGGGUUGCUAGAUUGCAUCAUGCGAACUCGUACCGUAUCUAAGACGAGAACUAACCUAUGCACAAUGAGUGGAGGUUGCUCCAUGUAUCCCUAACAUGUAAAUAGCCCUCAACCUAUGAUGUGUUUAUUGCUGAACAUCAACAGAUCAACCCGGAGUCGGGGUCGCCUUUUGGUGUUGCUGCAGCUAUAAUCUAGUUGUUUUCCUUGUACAA